GGGAUGGCAUCCAGCUACAAGAAACCAUCCGUGGGAGCUCCCUCUCAGAGGAAGAAAACUGCGCCCAAAACUGAACUCACUGAAGAGCAGAAGCAAGAGAUCCGGGAAGCCUUUGAUCUGUUUGAUACUGAUGGGACCGGGAAUAUAGAUGUGAAGGAAUUGAAGGUUGCCAUGCGAGCACUUGGAUUUGAACCCAAGAAAGAUGAGAUCAAAAAAAUGAUCUUAGAUAUUGAUAAGGAAGGAACUGGAAAGAUUAGCUACAAUGACUUCUUGGGAGUGAUGACCCAGAAAAUGGCUGAAAAAGAUUCCAAGGAAGAGAUUUUGAAAGCCUUCAAGUUGUUUGAUGAUGAUGAAACAGGCAAAAUCUCUUUCAAAAACCUCAAACGUGUGGCUAAAGAACUGGGAGAAAACCUCACGGACGAGGAGCUGCAGGAAAUGAUUGACGAGGCUGAUCGGGAUGGUGACGGGGAGGUCAAUGAGCAGGAGUUUUUGCGGAUCAUGAAGAAGACCAGCCUGUACUGAGAUCCUUGGUGUGUUUUCUCUGUGUUUGUCAAGUCUCUUUUCUGUCCGUCAACGAAGUUCAGCCUCUGCCGAUGCCUGUUUGGAAGGGACAAGCAGCUACCCAGAUCUUACCAGCUUUGUGAGAUGACCCUCACAGUUGACUGUUUUCUCCCUCCCUCAUAAUA